AUGUCUAAAGGUAAAGUUUGUCUGGCUUACUCCGGGGGAUUGGACACCUCGGUUAUCCUUGCGUGGCUCCUAGACCAGGGCUAUGAGGUGGUCGCUUUCCUUGCCAACGUGGGCCAGGAAGAAGACUUCGAGGCCGCUGAAAAGAAGGCGCUCGCGAUCGGUGCGACCAAGUUUGUGUGUGUCGACUGCAGAGACGAGUUUGUCCAGGACGUGCUGUUCCCAGCGGUCCAGGUCAACGCCGUCUACGAAGAUGUGUAUCUGCUCGGUACCUCACUUGCCAGACCCGUGAUUGCAAAGGCGCAGAUCGACGUCGCAGAGCAAGAGGGCUGUUUCGCGGUCGCACACGGCUGCACUGGCAAAGGUAACGACCAGAUCCGUUUCGAGCUUGGUUUCUACGCACUCAAGCCGGACGUCCAGGUCAUUGCGCCUUGGAGGGACCCCACUUUCUUCGAGCGGUUCGCAGGCAGAAAGGACUUGCUCGACUACGCUGCCCAGAAAGGCAUCCCCGUCGCGCAGACGAAGGCCAAGCCUUGGUCUACAGACGAAAAUCAGGCGCACAUUUCGUACGAGGCCGGCAUUCUUGAGGACCCUGACACCACGCCUCCUAAGGACAUGUGGAAGCUCAUCACGGACCCAGAAGACGCACCCGACAAGCCAGAGGACUUGACGAUAGUAUUCCAGAAGGGUGUCCCAAUCAAGCUGUCCUACACCGAAAACGGCGCCUCUAAGACCGCCACUGAGCCUACCGACAUUUUCCUCACCGCGGGCAAGCUCGCCAGAAGAAACGGUGUGGGCAGAAUCGACAUUGUCGAGAACCGGUACAUCAACCUAAAGUCCAGAGGAUGCUACGAACAAGCCCCACUCACGUUACUCAGGAAGGCACAUGUCGACCUUGAGGGUUUAACGCUCGACAAAGAGGUUCGCCAUAUCAGAGACCAAUUUGUGACGCCUACUUACUCCAGACUCAUGUACAACGGCUCAUUCUUCACUCCAGAAUUCGAGUACGUCAAGGGCAUGAUCGCGCCUUCCCAAAAGACUGUCAACGGUCAAGUCAGGAUGAGACUCUACAAGGGAAAUGUCAUCGUGCUGGGAAGAUCGUCCGAAACGGAGAACCUCUACGAUGCUACGGAGUCCUCCAUGGACGAAUUGACCGGUUUCUCGCCUAUCGACACAACCGGAUUCAUCGCCAUCCAAGCCAUCAGAGUCAAGAAAUACGGAGAAUCCAAGAAGGCCAGAGGCGAAAAGCUAAGGCUCUGA